AUGAACAGGAUAUGUGUGGAUUAUCGAGAUCUUAACAAGGCCAGCACGAAGGAUGAUUUCCUUUUACCAAACAUUCACAUUCUCAUCAACAACUACGCGAAGCAUGAGCUGCAGUCAUUCGUGGAUUAUUUUGCCGUGUACCACCAGAUCUUGAUGCAUGAGGAAGAUGUAGAAAAGACAGCGUUCACUACACCUUGGGGAGUUUACUGCUACAGAGUCAUGCCGUUCAGCAUCAAAAACGCUGGUGCCACCUACAUGAGAGACAUAACAACACGUUUUCACGAAAUGAUUCACAAAGAGAUAGAGGUAUAUGUGAAGGACGUCGUCAUCAAGUCUCAGAAGAGUUCAGAACAUUGGGACGACUUGAAAAAGUUUUUUGAACGCUUGCGGAGGAAAGGGAUAGAACGGGAUACUUCAAAGAUCAAAGCCAUUCAAGAGUUGUCACCACCCAAGAGAAAGAAGGAUGUGAUGAGUUUCCUUGGUAUGCUGAAUUACAUCAGCCGUUUCAUAGCCCAGCCUACAGUAAUUUGUGAACCCAUCUUCAAGCUGUUGAACAAGGAUGUUGGUACAAAAUGGACAGAAGAGUGUCAGAAAGCCUUCAAUAAAAUUAAGGAGUACUUGUCAAAUCCACGAGUGUUGGUUCCUCCUGAGCCUGGGAAGCCACUGAAUAAGCCAAUGCCUACAGGAAAACUAGCCAAAUUGAAGAUUCUUCUCAACGAAUUUUAUAUUAUGUACAUAACGCAAAAGGCCAUCAAAGGACAAGCCUUAGUUGACCACCUUGCAGAGAAUCCAGUGGACAAGGAUUAUGAGUCGCUCACUACGUACUUCCCAGAUGAAGAGUUGUUGUUUGCCGGAGAAGAUAUCGAAGAGUCAUACCCAGGGUGGAGAAUGUUCUUCGACGGAGCAGCAAAUUUCAAAGGAGUAGGAAUUGGGACAGUCCUAAUUUCGCAAUCAGGACAACAUUACCCAGCAUCAGCAAAGAUAAGGUUCCCUUGCGCCAAUAAUAUGGCCGAGUACGAAGCAUGCAUCCAAAGUAUCAGGUUGGCAGUUGACAUGAACAUCAAGGAGCUUUUGGUCAUAUGGGAUUCUGAUCUAUUGAUACAUCAAGUUCAAGGAGAAUGGACUACCAAGAACGUCAAGAUCCUUCCAUACCUGCAUUGCGUAAAAAAGCUAUGCAAGAAAUUCACAAAGAUCGAGUUCAAGCACAUUCCCAGGAUCCAGAAUGAGCUUGUCGAUGCUCUCGCAACCUUAUCAUCCAUGAUUCAACAUCCAGAUAAGAAUUACAUCGACCCCAUCGAGAUAGAGAUUAGGGAUCAACAGGUGUAUUAUUUUUAUGUAGACGGAGAGACAAAUGGUAAGGCAUGGUACUACGACAUCAAAAGGUUACUUGAAUUAAGAGAAUAUCAAGAGAAUGCUACUAAUGGUCAAAAGCGAGUGCACAGAAGGCUGGCAAAUCACGUUUUCCUCAACGGGGAAGUCCUAUUUAGGAGGAGCCUAGAUUUGGGUCUGUUAAGAUGUGUAGAUGCCACCGAAGCAACCAGAUUGCUAGAAGAAAUACAUGCAGGAACAUGUGGACCCCAUAUGAAUGGCUUCACCUUGGCCAAAAAGAUUUUAAGAGCUGGAUACUUUUGGAAGACCAUGAAAAGUGAUAGUAUCUGCUAUGCGCAGAAGUGUUAUCCAUGCCAGAUCCACGGGGAUUUCAUCCUCGUUCUGCCUAAUGAGUUGAAUGUAAUGGGUUCCCCUUGGCCGUUUGCCGCUUGGGGAAUGGACAUGAUUGGACCUAUAGAGCCCGUUGUAUCAAAAGGGCACUGUUAUAUCUUGGUAGUCAUUGAUUACAUUACCAAAUUGGUCGAAGCUUCUACAUAUAAGCCUAUCAUAAAGAAAGUAGUGGCAGAGUUCAUCCGUAACAACAUAGUUUGCCGAUUUGGGAUACCCGAGUCAAUUAUUACUGACAACACAGCCAAUCUCAAUGGUGAUCUCAUAAGGGAAAUUUGCGAGAAGUUCAAAAUUGCCCACCGUAACUCUACAGCCUACAGACCGCAAAUAAAUGGAGCUGUUGAAGCAUCCAACAAAAACAUCAAAAGGAUUCUGCAAAAAAUAGUGGACAAUCAUAGGCAAUGGCACGAGAAAUUAUCCUUCGCCUUACUGGGUUAUCGAACUACCAUGAGGACCUCCACCGGGGAAACUCCAUACAUGUUGGUAUAUGGCACCGAUGUUGUGAUACACGUACACGUCGAGAUACCAUCUUUGAGAAUCAUUCAAGAAGCCAAACUAGACGAUGCAUAA